ACGUACUUUUCUACUUUCCAGGAACUAUAGUUGGUAAAUGCGACACCCUUAAACCUGUUUAUCUCCAUAUUUAUGAGAAAUCCGUUUUAGUUUUGAGCCUGUUUACCCUUUCAUCAGCUUCCUCAUUUGCUCUCUCCCCUUGGGGACCCACUUAUCUUUUUUUUUAUAUAUCAAAUUGCAUUGCCACACUCUUCCUCCAUGUACACCGCUUGUCCCAUUGCUUUCUCUCUCUCACAAGUCACACCCAAGCAUUUAUACACUCCCAAUCAUUCCACUUUCACCAUUGAGUUUCUUUCUCUCACCUUUGCUUUCCCUCUUUCAUUAUUCAUGGCUCUCUUUCUCUCACUUCUUCUCAUUCUGUUGUUUCCUUCAACCAAUGCAGACUGGCCACCUUCUCCUGGCUACUGGCCAAGCUCUAAAUUUAGGUCUAUGAGCUUUAAUAAUGGGUUUAGAAAUCUUUGGGGUCCUGGUCAUCAAAGUGUAGACCAAAAUGCAUUAACAAUCUGGCUUGACAGAACUUCAGGAAGUGGAUUCAAGUCAGUUCGUCCUUUUCGUUCUGGUUAUUUUGGAGCCUCUAUUAAGGUCCAACCUGGUUACACCGCAGGGGUCAUAACAGCUUUCUAUCUAUCAAACAAUGAAGCUCAUCCAGGAUUCCAUGAUGAAGUGGACAUAGAGUUCCUUGGAACUACAUUUGGGAAGCCUUAUACUUUACAGACCAAUGUGUAUAUCAGAGGGAGUGGAGAUGGAAAAAUCAUUGGAAGGGAAAUGAAGUUUCAUCUUUGGUUUGAUCCAACCCAAGACUUUCACCACUAUGCCAUUCUUUGGCUUCCUAAAGAGAUCAUAUUUCUAGUGGAUGAUGUGCCCAUAAGGAGGUAUCCAAGGAAGAGCGCUGCAACAUUUCCUCUAAGGCCAAUGUGGGUGUAUGGUUCAAUAUGGGAUGCCUCAUCAUGGGCAACUGAAGAUGGAAAAUACAAGGCUGAUUAUAGAUACCAACCAUUUGUUGCAAAGUACACCAAUUUUAAAGCUAGUGGCUGCUCCGCCUAUGCACCGGCUUGGUGCCGGCCGGUCUCUGCCUCGCCUUCCCUGUCCGGCGGCCUAACCAGCCAACAAUAUAGAGCAAUGAGAUGGGUUCAAAGAUACCAUAUGGUCUAUAACUAUUGCAGGGACCCCAAAAGGAACCAUGCCUUAACUCCAGAAUGUUGGAGCUAGUGAACUUAGUAACAGUUCGUUUAAAUGUUUACUUCUCUCGUGAAAGAAUUUUACUAUUUGUCCACUUUUUUUCUUGGUGUCUUGAGAUGGGUCCCACUUGCCGACAAAUGUUAAAGCAAGGGUGGCUGAGAGUCCAAGGCUCCUAAAGAGAAGAGGAAAGAAGAAGAAUUCCUGUAUUUUUGGUGUGCGUGGCGCUCUCUUGAGUGUAUAUCAGCUUGGAAAAAUACGAAGGAAGAAAAAAAAUUUCUAUAGAAUAAGAGAUGGGAGAAUGGGAUGAUAAAGGAGCCAAAGAUAUGGGGUCAUGGGGUUUGAGUGUGUUGUUUCAAUUUUCAUUUCUCA